GUUUUUGCGGUAAUAGCGCAUUGAAUGUUAUUUUUAAGGCAAAAUUAGUGCCGCGCAGAAAAAACACUCGAUUUAAGAGGUAGAUACUAUCAAGAUGACAACAAAAUGCGUGGACGUUCGCCAAACGUUCUCUUCAAAUAGAUAUUAUCGUACUGUUUAAUCGUGUUCUAGCUGUCAUAUGUCUCUGAACAUUUAACAAGUAUCACAGGUAAAAGUGUUGUUACUCUCGUUUGUGCGUUUAAGUGUCUUCAUACAUAAACAUUAUUGGACAUACAAUAACACAAAUAUGACUAAAACAACCGAAGAAGCAGGAUACGAACUUAUUCAGGCUUUACUAAAAUUUAAUGAUGGCGCUUACGGUGGACGGGAUCGUAUGGUACACAAACCAGCGUGGAAAAUGUUGUUUUUGAUGUUGAAAUAUUUAAAUUGCUACCCCGAAUUAACGUCGUUGCCGUAUCAGAUAACUCCAAUAAUACUACAACUCCCUCCAAAAUAUCAUGAAUUAAUCAAGAAAAAUCCGCUAAUUGUCCAGAGGCGGGUAAUGGAUCUGCUACCCAUCGAGUAUAGCUACAGAGAAUUCUGGAAGACUCACAUUAAUCGUUCUAGAGCUUUGCCGUAUCAGUUCUUGUUAUGGGAAGGAGGAUUCGUCCUUGUUGUUUUUUGUUUCUACGCAGUGGGAGAUGACGUUAUACGAGUGGUCAACAUAACAAUUCAUUUUUCAAAAAAAGACGUUUAUCCUGAACCUCUAUGCUAUCAAGAUAAACUUAUGUUAGAAGAGCGAUAUACAUGGGACUCAUUUAAUUCAAGUUGCUCCAAACCAGUAUCUAUAAACACUAAUAGGUGGACAAUAUUACGAGAACUGAAGGAAACUAACGAUAAAAAGGGUAACGAAAUAUUUUUAUUGUCGUUGGCACCAUUAAUGGAUGAACUUCCUGACCAUAUGUUGACUGAUACAAGACGUAAAAUAUUACAAAUCUUAGAAGAAGCUAUAAGCUGGAAAAGAGGGGGCAGGACUUAACUAAGUUUUUUUUCACUGUACUUUAUGAUUACCUAUUUAUAUUUCAUUGUCUAAAUGUUAUGUUGUAAAUAUUUUUUUUUAUUCUCUUAUUUAUGAUCUGUCCAAUUUGAACUAUUUAUUAUUAUAUUUUGAUAAUACAUUGUGUUAUUUUUCUUCGUAGUAAAAAUAUUUUUAUUAUUAAAUUAUUAUAAUUUUUAUCUAUAAAACAAAAUCAGUUUAAUUAAUACAUUUAUUUUGUAGAUAAGUAGUUUUGUUAUGUUUUAAAAUAUUCUUUUUGUUCAUUGGUAUGUAUUUUAAUAAAUGUGUGUUUUUUACUUAAA